AUGGCUUUGAGAAAGGACCCCAGUCUUCAAGCAGAGUUAACAAAAUGGUGUGAAGCAGCCAGUAUUGAUUCUACUCAUGCUUUAAUCCUGUUAAAUGUACCUGUUUACACAGAAGUGGCAGAGAUUGAAGAUGUAAUGGAAACUGUCAAAGCUCUGGGAAGGGUUCGAGUGAGGGACACAAGAGAAGGACCUACUGCCCAGUCUAUGAUGGUUCUAUGUGAGUGCCGACAAGCCACUGACUCCACCCGUAUUCCUCCUGAAGUGACAAGGGGGGAAAAGAGUGAGCCCUGGUCAGUUAUCGUGAUUCAACCAAGUGAAAGUGCCUCUAAUACAGAUGCUGAAGGAUUCUCUGAAAAGCUGACAAAGUUCCUGAUGGAGGAAGGGAAAACUUUCAGUGACGUAAAAGCUUUAAUUACACCCCACAGUGCUGGUGAUAGUUCUCCUGAAUCAAUUAUACGUGCAAUGGGUGAAGUACUGGAAAAGACCAUAAAGCCAACAAGUGAUGGAAAUGCAUACCGACGACUUCGGACAUUUUCAGCCAUUGUUCCAACCCCAAUUGGAGAGGAAAACAUGGAUAACUGGAUAGAUCAAGCAAGGCUCAUGAUAACUGAGUGUGACUGUACUGAAAAAGACAAACGACGCAGAAUCAUGGAAAGCCUUAAAGGACCAGCAAUGGAAAUAGUGAGAGCUGUUCGUUUCUCAAAUCCAGAAGCAGAUGCUUUAGAGUAUGUGGAAGCAUUAGAGAGUUCCUUUGGAUCUUCAGAGUCUGGUGAAGAUCUGUAUUUUAAGUUUUGA